AUGUUCAGAUUAACAGCCCAAUCAAACGUCUUGAAGUCAAGAAUUGCAAACCAAGUUGUUUCAAAUGCAAGAAACUCUUUAAACCACUCAAUAAGGUUUAACUCUGUUGCCUUGGAAAGAUCAGCUUCAUCUGAAAUCAACAACAACAAUAACAAUAAUGGUAAUAAUUCAUCAUUCAAUUUCAGUAAAACAAUCAAAGACGUUGCAUCUUCUCAAAAUCAACAAAAGGAAAAAAAUAACGCUUUUAAAAGCUAUAGAUCUUCUAAUAAUUCAUCUUCAUCUCCUUGGUUCAAUCAAUUAAAUGCAUUUGAAGACUGUGUUACUCAAACUGCAGAUUUCAACUCAAGUGGUUCUCAACCUUUCUUUUGGGAAAAUGCUCAAAAGGCUAUGAAUUUGUAUCAUGAAUUGAGAGGUACACCAGAUUUCACACCAGCAGCCAUUGGUAAAUUAUGUCAUUUGCUUCAUAGUGGGUUAAGAGCUAAUAGAUUCCAACUAACAAGAUUAUCUAAAAAACCAGAUUAUGAUUCUAAAUCAUUCCACACUGAAAUGCAAAACUUUGUUAAAUACUCUGUCAGAGAAAUUAUUAAUGAUUUAUUGGAGCAAAGAGUCUCUGUUAAUGAAAAUGGUGCUAUGCAUUUAUUAACAAGUUUAAAAGAAUUGAAAUUAGAUCAAGAAGCAGUUGCUGUUUGGAGUGGUGCUAUGAAAGUUGAAACUUUGAAAGAUACUUUCUUACAACCAAGAGUCGUUGGUGUUUUGUUACCAUUGAUGUUCGAAGCUGGUACUCCUUUCGAAGAUGUUAAUGCUUUAUUCCAAGAAUCAAGAAAAGCUACUGUUCAAUUACAUCAAAAUUUAGCCAUUGGUAUGAUCAAGACUUGUCUUGCUGCUAAUCAAGAUAAUCAAGCUUUAACUUUAUUCACUGAAUUAUGUCAAGAUGCCAAACAUGGUAAAGUUCCUUAUAUGAUUGAAGCUCACUUGACUUUUAUUGGUGAUUGUAAAGAUUUAAACAUUGCUGGAUCAUUUUUUGAAAAAGCCAUCAAUAGAGAAAUGCCUUAUAGAUUAAACUUGCAAGUUAAUUCAGUUAAAUCUUACUUGAACAACAUUUGGGAAGAAACUGGUGACUUCAACAGAGUUGUUGAUGCUUGGACUAAAGCUACAACUUUUUACGGUAGAAACAUUCAUCAUGGUAUUUCAUCAUCUUUAAACAAUAUGUUCUUUGAAAUCUUUUUCAAGAAAUAUGAAGGUGAUAGAAUUGCUGGGUUGGCUCACUUGAAAGAUAUUAUUGCUGUUUAUAAUGAUAUCAAACCAAUUGAUGAACCUUUCUUCAAUAUCAUCAUUUCAAAAUGUGGUGUUUGGGGUGAUAAAGAAACUAUUGACUCAUUAUACAAGGCUUAUGAUAUCUAUCGUGUUAAGAAAACACAAAUCUCACGUCGUAUCUAUUUGAAAGUUUUAGGUUCUGUUAAUUCUACUGAAGAAGAAAUUUUAUCAAGUUGGUAUGAUAUGCUAAGAUUUGCUGAUUAUGAAGGUUCAACUUAUAUUGCUAAUGCUGACUGGGCUGCUAUCAGAGAUGCUACUGUUAAUUCAAAGACCAAUCAAAGAAAUUUGUUAUAUUAUUCUGCAAAUGGCUCUUUAAUGGAUCUUGCUCAAAUUGAUGAUUCAAAUGUUCAACUAGUUGACUUUACUUCAAUCAGAAGAACCCACAUUUGA